AAGGUCUGACAAGACUGGACAAACAAGAUAGCACGUGUUGAGUGCACACUGCACACUGUCUGUAGGGCUACGCACGGAUGCGCUGAAGACGGCGACAUGGACUCUUCGGACUCGGCCCAGGCCAAAGAAGUUAAGGUUACCCCGGAGGCAAUGAUGGGCUUGGCAAGUGCAGCGUCAAGGAUGGUGACUUCUUUCUCAUUGACACUUCCGCAAACCAAACACUGCCUUUCUCCUGCGCUAACCUUCCUAUGUUUCUAAUUUAUUGACUGCGUGCCACCCUUGUCACUCUUGAUACUCGACCCUGUUCAAUACCGCGAUAGCCAUUCUUCUCUGUUCGAUCUUUCUCGCGCAACAUGCCCACGCCCCAUGACGAAACGCAACCCACGCCCAUCGAUAUCUCCGCGUCGAGUGCAACUCACGCGACUUGCCCACCAGAAGAUCGCUUGACCCUCCCACAACCAGGCGAACAUGUCUCGCCAUCUUCCGAUCAGAGUCGUAAUCUCGUGACCGAAUCUGUCGCACAAAUGCCCACACCUGAAGAGGAUCAGGACCCCGAGUCAACCAUGUCGGAGACACCCACAAAACCCGUGGACCUCGAUGAGGAUCAUCUAUCGACAGAGGCGCGACUACCAACUCCCUCCAGUCCAGUGAACGAUGAACCAAAAGAGACCGAUACACGAACCACACCGUCAACCUCGGCACAUGCCUCUCCCGCCUAUUCGAGUUAUCCCCUUAGCAGAACAAGACUGAUACCUUGCUUGACAUCGUCCUUCUUCCAAUCGGGCAGCAAAUUUCGAGGGACACAGCAGUCGGACCGUCAGACCUAUGACGUGCAGGUCGAGAUAAAGCAUGUCGAUAUGGAAGAGUCGUUCGUUUGCGGUUACCUGCGCAUCCAAGGCCUCACCGAUGACCAUCCAACAUUGACCACAUACUUUGAGGGCGAGAUAAUCGGUACGAAACACUCAUUUAGAACCGCACAUCCGGAAUGGGGGUCUACGGAAAAGGUUGACAUGCAACACUGGGCUCGAUUUCCGCCAUGGAAGCCACUGGCCAAGCAGGCCAAGUCGCCCAACUUUACCUGUCAGGAUUUCGCUCAACGUGAGCAUCUUUUCAUGAGGUGGAAAGAGUACUUCUUGGUGCCAGAUCACAAGGUCAAAUCCAUCACUGGGGCAAGCUUUGAAGGCUUCUACUACAUCUGCUUUAACCAACGCAACGGUUCGGUCUCUGGAAUCUAUUUCCACUCCAGGAGUGAAAAAUACCAACAACUCGAAUUGGUACACGUAGAAGACAGGGGCUGCAUUGGUGCCGUCGAGUUCCGAUAGCUCACACGGGGCGUCGGUCAUGAAGAAAUGACUUGGGAAUGGGUAUGAUAUCUGGCUGACACAUGGGUCUUUGUUGGACUCUUCUGUACAUUGUGGCGUUUGUGAGGUUCUCGUUUGUGCAUUUCAUCAGGAUCCAUGAUAUAUUGACAUGGCCAAUCAUCGCCGUAGUCUCGGGUGGACUAUCAGGCAAGAAGAUGAGUUUGUUGUUCCCUUCACUGUACAUAGUUUCUGUUCGCAUCUGUCCGAUGCAAUUCGCUCUUUCGGCGUCUGAUCACUCCUCUGCCGAUUGCGGUACAUCCACCACAGGAACAAUUCUCGGAACCCGCACGACGAAUUGGCGAUCGCGGAUCGUCUUUGGGGUAUGUGAUCUGC